GGCCCCUGGCCGCCCCACCUGAAGCCGCCCGCUCAGAGCCAGGAAGGCCCUCAGGUGUGAGGUCAGGACUCCUCUUUCUUUCUCUCGGGCCCUGCUGGGACAGGUGCACAGGUGUGGUGGCCUUCUCCAGAAGAGCAGCUUUCUCUCUCGAGGGGGGGGGGCCAGGGGAGCAUCAUGCGGGGCAAAGAUGACGAAUACGAUUACCUCUUCAAAAUUGUCCUCAUCGGGGACUCGGGUGUUGGGAAGAGCAACCUCCUCUCCCGCUUCACCCGCAACGAGUUCAACCUGGAGAGCAAAAGCACCAUCGGGGUGGAGUUCGCCACUCGCAGCAUCCAAGUGGACAACAAGACGGUGAAGGCUCAGAUCUGGGACACGGCGGGCCAGGAGCGCUACCGGGCCAUCACUUCCGCCUACUACCGGGGGGCUGUUGGGGCCCUGCUUGUGUAUGACAUCGCCAAGUACCUCACCUACGAGAACGCAGAGCGCUGGCUCAAGGAGCUGCAGGACCACGCGGACACCAACAUCGUCAUCAUGCUGGUGGGGAACAAGAGCGACCUGAGGCACCUGCGGGCCGUGCCCACCGAGGAGGCCAGGAGCUUUGCAGAAAAGAACGGCCUGUCCUUCAUCGAGACGUCGGCUUUGGAUUCCACCAAUGUGGAGACGGCCUUUCACAACAGCCUGACAGAAAUCUACCGGAUAGUCUCCCAGCGGCAAAUGGCGGGGGGCCCGGCGGAGACGGAGUUCAGCCCCAGCAGCGCCAUCGAGCCCAUCAAGGUCCUGCCCACCCACCAGGAAGGGAAGCCAGCCCCCUGCUGCCAGAACAUCUGAGCUGCCGGGACUCUGACGGGGGGGUGGAGGAAGGCUGUGUGUGUGUGUGUGCCCCCGCUAGGUCCCCCCUCCCCUGGGUCCCAGGACCCCUUGCGGGGGGGGCGGUGAGAGGAGGCAGCGGCACUGCUGCUAAAGCCAGCUGCUGCCUCUUCUGCCUCCUGGCACUCGACCCCACGGCUGUGUUUCGUGUCCAUCCUGUGGAAACGCCCCCCCCUGCCCCGGAUCGCCCCUUUCCUCCACGCUUCAACACUUCCCCCUUAGAGGUAGGCCUCGCCGGUGUGCUUUCCAAAGCGAGAGUUGUCUUUUGGGCCCAGCUGAGUAGCCAGGAGUGGGCAACUGAUGGCCGCUUGGCAGGAUGCUGGCCAAAGAAGGAUGCCCGAUGAGGAAGCGAGGGGACCCCCCCCACUGCCCCACUCUGCACUUUUCCUCCCUGCAAGGGCUGUUGCUGCAGCCUCCUGGGAGACGGGCCUCUUCGCUGGGGGUGGGUGAGGAAGGCGCUUGCUCUGCAGCCAGACCGGCAGUUGCUUCGGGCCUUCUCCAACGAGACAGCUGGACUGUGCACACACCAGUUGGUGGCUGACAACCCCACAGGCUUGAAAUGGAGCAAUGGGGAGGUGGGGUGCCUUCUGCUGGCCCCCGCGGGCCACUCAGCUGCCCAGCCGGCCACCUGACCAUAGAUUCACGCCAACCAGAGUGAAACUGGAUUUGCUCUCGGGGGUUUCCUCCAAAGAGCCCGCACAGGCUGCUCUGGAAGCGAAGGAGGGCUUCACCGGCUGGCCCUUUCCAGUCCCUUCAUGUGGCUUUGAAUCAAGAGCAGAGGAGGGCUUUGGGGUCCCUGUGGUGUAUCCCGGCUUCACCAGCAUCUUGGAGAGCAAAUAUUCAAAGGUGGAGAGAGAAAGGCCGAGACGGGAGUGUCUGCCAUGCUGGCAUUCCUAGAAUAGGGGUUCCCCAGAUGUCCUUGGACUACAACUCCCAUCAUCCAUUGCAGCUGUGGAUGAUGGGGGUGUAGUCCAAUGACAUCUGAGGACCCCUGUUCCAAAGUUCCAACCCAUAAAUAGCUGGAGGGGGAUAGUGAUGGUUGGCCCGUCCUCUGCACUUGUUUCUCACGGUUCUGUCAUGUUGUGCUUCAACUGUAACUUUUGUGUAAACUUGCAGGGAUCCUCAACGCUGGGCCCCCAGAUGUUCUUGGACUUCAGUUCCCAUAAUCCCCAGGCCCAGUGGCCUUUGGCCAGGGAUUAUGGGA